AUGUUAAUCAAGUAAGGCAUAUCCUCAGCCUGAUCAUCUUUUUUUGUUAAAAUUACUAAAAAAAUCAAAAGUAAAUAGCUAUUGAUACAAUUCUCGGUUAAUCGAUAGCUCGGGCCGAAAUGGAAAGUUGCAGGGGGCGAGUGAAAGGAGUUUGUCAAUCCUGAAUCCAUACCCCGUGACACGCUCCCCGGGCAAAUUAGACACAGGGUCCGGCUCUUUCUUCCGAUAGACCUUCUACCGUCCACUACACGAAAAUGGAAGCAGAAAUGGCAAAAUAUCCGAAAAGGACCGACCAGGUCUUCCAAUACGGGACAUCGGGCUUCAGAGAUAAGGCAGAAAAGUUAGAUUACCUUGUUUUUCGCAUGGGUCUUCUUGCUUCUCUUCGUUCAAGAGUAAAAGGCUCAGCAGCGAUCGGGUUGAUGAUUACUGCGUCACACAACCCUGAACCAGAUAAUGGAGUCAAGCUGAUUGAUCCUCUUGGUGAAAUGCUCGAACAGAGCUGGGAGCCUCUUGCAACGCAACUGGUUAACGUGAGCGAUGAGAAGCUCGAGGAAGAACUUAGGCAAAUAGCCAAGUCUACUGGAGCCGACAUGUCAAAGCCAUCUCUUGUCUUUGUUGGCCAAGAUACUAGGCCAAGUAGCUCAAGAUUAGCUGAUGCAGCAAUAGCAGGGGCCAAAGCCUAUAACGGUCAAGUCGUUGAUCAAGGCAUCGUUUCUACACCUUUGCUACAUUAUUUAGUAAACACUUACAAUACUUCAUCAAGCAAAGUACUUCCCAGCAAAGAAAGCUACUAUGUUAAAUUAUCAUCAGCAUUUAAUGGGUUGUUGAAGGAGGGAGGCUUAAAAAAGAACUAUGACAAAGAAUUGCAAUUCGAUGGAUCAAACGGAAUAGGGGCUUUGGUAAUGAAGAAAUUAACGCCACUUUUACAAGAUAACUUAAAAGUCAAUGUACACAAUGACGAUGUCAAAUCUGCCGGAAAACUCAAUUAUAAAUGUGGGUCAGAUUAUGUUAUGUCCAACCAGCUACCACCAGAAGGUUUUUCUAUUCAGCCAGAUAAAAAGAUCGCCUCUGUAGACGGCGAUGCAGACCGUAUCGUUUAUUCUUUUAUUGAUUCAAAAGGCUCGUUUUAUCUUUUGGACGGCGACAGAAUCGCAGUGUUGGUUGCUGAGUAUUUAUUGGAGUUGCUGAAAAAUUCUGGGCUAGAUCUUGAAUUAGGUCUUGUCCAGACAGCUUAUUCGAAUGGAAACUGCACUAAAUACAUCAAUGAAAAAUUAAAAAUCCCAGUGAGCUGUGUGAGCACUGGAGUCAAACAUCUGCACCACAAGGCGACCGAGUAUGACAUUGGAGUUUAUUUUGAGGCCAAUGGACACGGAACUGUAAUUUUCAGCAACAAUGCACAAAAUUUGAUCACUCAAGCAAUAAAUGAUGAGAAAUUGGAUGAAACGAAACGCAAUUGGGUCCUAAAAUUGAAACACACCACAGAUGUUAUUAACUCUAUUGUUGGGGAUGCUGUUUCUGACAUGCUUCUUGUCGAGACUAUUUUAUACACAAAGGAUUGGAGUAUUAAAGACUGGGCAUCUGCUUAUACUAAUUUACCCAGUAAACUUGUUAAAGUUUUUGUUAAGGACAGAAAUGUCAUUAAGACGACAGAUGCUGAAAGAAAGUGUACUCAUCCAGUUGGCCUUCAAGAAGAGAUCGAUUCGAUUGUGUCUGAGUAUCAAUUUGGAAGAUCUUUCGUCAGGCCCUCAGGGACGGAGGAUGUCGUCAGGGUGUAUGCAGAAGCCGCAACUCAGGAAAUGGUCGAUCAACUAGCCUCUCGGGUCGCCCAAGCUGUGAGCAGCCUUGCAUGUGGCGUCGAGCCCAUGAAUUCAAAAAUUUAAUACAAUCAUAUUAUGCGCUUAAAAAUGAGUAAAGGUUGUGGAAUUUACGGCUUAUAUUUUGCUUACUAUUUGCUCAACAUAAAUUUAAUGAAAUUGUUAUGUUAAUGAAACUUUUAUAUAUUUUAAUAAAAUCUGUACAUCUUUAG